AUGGCCGGCCACGAGCAACUUGAGGUCCACAGCAAGUCGUACAUUGUACGCUGGCUCAAGGUUGAGGACGGCCAGAGCAUCGCGUGGACCGUUCAACCGCAUAAGAAGUCAAUGUACCUUUUCUUCCCCCCCUCCCCCUUCUGCUUUCAUACUGUAGCUGACAAGCUUCCCCUGCCGCACAGCAACUUCGGCAUCGUCAAACAUCCCGGCACCGGCGCCACGAACAUUGUCCCAAGCCAGUCGGACGACCCCGCAACCCCCUCGGGCGUGACUUCGGGCGUCAACGACGCAAAACCAGCCCGUUUCGCCAAGAAAGAUACGAUCACCGCCCAAGACCAGCUCGCCAGCAAGGGGUUCAUCCCCAUCGAGUGGCAGGGGCGAUGCGAGGCCGAAACCCAAACGACGGGCACGCAUGAUGUUCUGAAGGGCCAGGCCGGCAUGUACGGCCUGGUGUUUGACAAUACCUUUUCAAAGCAGACCUCCAAGACCGUCACCCUCUCCCUCCGCACAUACCCCAUCGGCUCGCCGCCCCCGACGGCGCACAAUGUCCCGAAUCUUUCCCUCGGCAACCCCGCAAAGAGUGGCAGCAAGACAAGCUUGGGCAAGCACGGCAGUCCUCACAUGAACGCUGUGGCCUCAGACUCCCAGGACAGUCUUCAUAGCCAUGUGCUGGGUGGUAGGCCUACGUCAGUGUCGGGCCGAAGUGACGGCGCGGCCAACUAUCACGUUGGGAACUUGCUCAAGAGGAGGAGAAAGAAAGGACAGGGCUACGCACGUCGCUUUUUCUCGCUCGACUACUCGUCGUGUACGCUAUCGUACUUUUACAACCGCAACUCCUCGGCACUGCGGGGCGCCAUCCCGUUGAGCCUCGCAGCCAUAGCUGCAGACGAGAGGCGCCGGGAGAUCAACAUUGAUUCGGGCGCUGAGAUCUGGCAUCUCAAAGCCUCCAAUGUCAAAGAGUUUGGCGAGUGGGCACGCGCCCUUGAAAAAGCAGUUCGCAUCGCUCGAGGUUUUGAACCGGUAGAGGGACAAACAUCAAAGGAGAGGGGCACCACCACGCCUCUGCGCAUUGCCACUGGACUCUCGAGGACAGCGACUCACAACCCCCUCGAGGAUCGGGAGUGGGAGCAGGUCGAGUCCUUGGUCAGCCGGACUGUGGGCACCAGAGAUGCGCUGCGCCGCCUUGUCAAGGACAUGUCUAAUACGCCACGACCCGCUCACAGCAGCGGCAGCCAGUAUUUAUCACCCGGCGGUAGCUCAGUGCAAAGUGAGGAAAGGGAGGGCUAUUUCCCCUCUGAAAACCAGAAGAGGCCCUUCUGGAAGCGCAAGUCCAGCAUCGUCAGCCCACAAUCUUUCCAACCCAUGAUAUCGUCAUCCUUGGCGGUUCCGUCGCCGGGUUCUGCGAACCCCCGCCAGUCAACAAACGGAUCUAAUCAUGCGAGGAAGAAAUCGAGGGGUGUUGCGCAGGAGGAGAAGAGCAUGCAAGAUCACUGCGGUGCAUUGCUGAACGAUUUGGACUCAGUUGUGGCUGAAUUUACGUUAUUGAUCGCAAACAGCAAACGCCGGCGUUUGCCGGCGCCCCUCUCAGCUGCAGCCUCAAGGCUGAGCAUGGACACUACCUCAACCGAUGAGUUCUUUGAUGCUGAAGUGGGCGAGACUGGCUCUCAGAUUGUCCGCAUCGACAGGAGUGAGGAAGACGAUGCUGUGGAAUCUGAUGCCGACGAGGCCGAGCUGCACGACUCGUCCUCAGCAGCCUCGACCAUCGCUGACGAGGACACGGGCGGCUUAGAUGAGGAGAGUUGCUAUCCUUCCAAACCGAAAAGCCUCACCCCUCUUCCGGUAGACAUAUCGGUCGAGAGGCGCUCGAAGAUCCCGCCAGGCCUGAUUCAGCCCCCGAGCCUCAUAGGCAUCGUACGGAAGAACGUCGGCAAAGAUCUUAGCAACAUUAGUGCACCCGUCUCGGCAAACGAGCCGACCUCGAUGCUUCAGAGGAUUGCUGAGCAACUCGAGUACUCGCAGCUUCUUGACGCGGCAGUGCAGCAGAAAACGGCCAAGGACCGCUUGCUGUAUGUGACCGCGUUUGCAGUAUCGCAAAUCAGCAUCAACCGAUCGAAGGAGCGUGCUAUCCGAAAGCCGUUCAACCCUCUACUAGGCGAGACGUACGAGCUUCUACGCACCGAGCAAGAGGUGCCGGGCGGUUUCCGUCUCAUUGCGGAGAAGCGCAGAAAUCAUCACGGAGGGUCGCGUGCGAAUUCGUUGCGGUUGAUGGAUGGCACGGACGAACUUUAUUCGUGGACGCACGCAGCCAUGUUCCUACGUAAUGUUGUCAUGGGCGAAAAGUAUGUCGAGCCCGUGGGCACGAUGCAUGUCAACAACGACACUACGGGGGCCAAGGCAGUAGUCGAGUUUCGCAGCAAGGGCGGCAUGUUCGGCGGCCGCGGUGAGGACGUAGUUGUGGAGACUUAUACCUCGGACGGCAGCAACUCGGGAACUGGGUUGAUUGGUACUUGGACAACCGGACUCCGUCGAACAGAAAACGGCAAGGCUGUGGGAGACGAUGUUUGGAAGGUUGGCAAGUUGGUGGACAAUGCCGCCACAACGUAUGGUCUGACCCAGUUUGCCGCGCAACUCAAUGAGAUAACGGAAAUCGAGAAGGGUCGACUGCCGCCGACGGACAGUCGUCUACGGCCCGAUCAGAGGCAGGCAGAGCUGGGCGACCUCGACGCGGCGGAGGAGACCAAAGUGGUGCUGGAAGAGGAGCAACGUGCGCGGCGCAAGGACCUCGAGGAACGGGGCGAAGAACACAAGCCGAAGUGGUUCGUCAAGCUGGGCAAUGGACCAGAGGGCGAGGAGGUCUGGAAGAUCAAAACGGGCAAGGAUUCAUACUGGGAGGAACGCACACGAGGUACGUGGAACGGAGUGACAAACAUCUUCGCGGUGUAUCGAUAG